GAACGGUACAAUAAUCGGUGGCGCGUCACCGUCUCAUGCGCGCCCCCCGUAAAAACCUUCAAACCUGCAGAGAGACACACAGGGAUCUUAUUGUUAGAGAAGAGUGAGAUUUCACACGUGAGACCACCAGAGAGAUUAACGAUUGAGAUUUUCUGCACAACGAAACCACACUGAAGCCCCAUACAACCAAAACUGCAUCUACAACAAAUAAUGGCUUGAAAUGCAGUGAAAAGACCAGGAGUUAGUAAGGCACAGCAAAAUGGACAAUCAGACCAUAUCCUUGCAAUUCCAGUUUUAUGUCAAUCUGCAAGUAAUUUAUGAGGAAAUGGAGGAGCUCAGAUUUUCCUGAUAAACAUUCAUUUCUCUGGUCGCAAGCUUUGGAGUAAAAUCUCAGUCAUGGCCGUCAUUUGGAUGCUACUUAACAUGCUUACUGCAUGUAUGGCGAUCAAUAUGGAAGCUACUGGGAGCCACAGCAUGUUUUCCUGUGAGCCGAUCACAUUACGGAUGUGCCAGGGCCUCUCCUACAAUACCACAUUCAUGCCCAACCUUUUAAAUCACUAUGACCAGCAAUCCGCUGCUCUCGCAAUGGAGCCUUUUCAUCCUAUGGUGAACUUGGAGUGCUCCACAGAAAUACGCCCCUUCCUGUGUGCCCUCUAUGCACCCGUGUGCACCGAGUACGGUCACGUGACCCUGCCGUGUCGACGCCUGUGCCAGCGUGCCAAAAGUGAUUGCUACAAACUAAUGGACAUGUUUGGGGUCAGCUGGCCAGAUGAGAUGGAGUGUAGCAGGUUUCCAGAAUGUGAUGAGUCUUAUCCACGCACCGUAGAUCUGCUCCCCAGCAGUGAUGGUACAGAAGAAUCUCCUUCAUCUGUUCAACGGGACUAUGGAUUCUGGUGCCCACGCGAGUUAAAGAUUGACCCCGACCUGGGCUACUCAUUCAUGGGCGUGCGCGACUGCUCGCCUCCCUGCCCGAACAUGUACUUCCGCAAAGAUGAGCUCAUCUUCUCCCGCUAUUUCAUCGGUGUGGUCUCCAUUGUCUGCCUGUCAGCCACGCUCUUUACCUUCCUGACCUUCCUCAUCGACGUUGGCCGGUUUCGGUACCCCGAGAGGCCCAUCAUCUUCUACGCCGUCUGCUACAUGAUGGUGUCCCUGGUCUUCUUCCUAGGUUUCCUUUUGGAGGAUGGCGUGUCGUGCAACACUGCAAGCACGGGUCGAUUCCGCGCCUCCACUGUCACCCAGGGCUCCCACAACAAGGCCUGCACGCUUCUUUUCAUGACUCUCUACUUCUUCACCAUGGCAGGAAGCGUGUGGUGGGUCAUCCUCACCAUCACCUGGUUCCUGGCUGCCGUCCCCAAAUGGGGAAGCGAAGCUAUUGAGAAGAAAGCUUUGCUCUUCCAUGCGGUGGCUUGGGGGGUACCCGGGACCCUCACCAUCACCCUUAUGGCAAUGAACAAAAUCGAAGGCGAUAGCAUGAGCGGCGUUUGUUUUGUUGGGUUGUAUGACCUAAUGGCCCUGCGCUGGUUUCUCUUGGUUCCUCUGGCACUAGAUGUGGUCGUAGGCGUGGUGCUGUUGUUAGCAGGCAUCGCGGCACUAAAUAGGGUCAGAAUGGAGAUCCCGUUAGAGAAGGAGAACCAGGACAAACUGGUGAAGUUCAUGAUUCGGAUUGGAGUGUUUUCAGUGCUUUAUCUAGUGCCGUUGCUGACAGUCAUCGGCUGCUAUCUGUAUGAGCAUAGCUACAGAUCAGUUUGGGAGAACACAUGGGUACAAGAGCGAUGCAGAGAGUACCACAUCCCCUGUCCCAUUAAGGUAGAGCAGACAAGCAGGCCGGAUAUCGCGUUGUUCCUCAUCAAGUACCUGAUGAUGCUCGUGGUGGGCAUCCCGUCAGUGUUCUGGGUUGGCAGUAAAAAAACAUGCUUCGAAUGGGCCAGCUUCUUUACCGGGCAUCGCAGGAAAGACAGCGCAGUGAAUGAGAGCCGUCAGGUGCUCCAGGAGCCCGACUUCACCCAGCUCCUCCUCAGGGACCCCAACACUCCUGUGGUGAGAAAGUCUAGGGGCACCUCCACGCAGGGCACCUCCACCCAUGCCUCCUCCACGCACCUCGCCAUGUUGGACGAGCCCCCCAGCGCCAGCACCAGCCGAGCGAGCAGCGUGCGGAGCAAAGCCAGCAGUUACCAUGGCAGCCUGCACCGCUCUCGAGAUGAAAGGUACACAGCCUUUAGUUACCGUGGAGCUGAGGACCGAUUGCCUCACGGGAGCACCCUGCGGCUUAAUGAUCCACUACAGCACUCUAACGUCAACCGUCUUGACAGCCACUCGCGACACGGCAGCCUGCAGCGCCUGGAGAGCCAAUCACGGCACAGCAGCGUGCGUGACCUCAGCAUUACUGCGCAGGCCAUCCAAAGUGGCCCUGGCAACGGGAUUCACCCCGUCGUGGAGGAGGAUGGAACCAAGGCGUGAACCGAAAUGGGGGAACAAAUACAAAAGGCAAAAUGAGAACGUGAAGAAUUCACAUUGACUCUGAAUUCACAUUGACUCAGAUGUGUGUGAAUGGCACAAUGAAAGUAUUACAUUAAUGAGCGGAUUUAUUUCAAAGGGACUUUGGGUAGGCCCUUCAAGCUAUAUGAUUUUCCACUCCUCAAUCUGGGGAAAUCUAAAAAGGGACCUUGGGGGUACAUGCACCACGUUGUACCAGUCAGCUUUGUGAAGAGAAGCAGCAAAAUAUUGUUUCUGCAUAAACAGGGUUAAAUGUAAGGGCUUCUUAUGCAUCAUUCUGGGAUGUCUUGAGGUGCUUACUGUUUGUUGUUCAGAUGCUUUAAAAUGUAUGACCUUUUACCACUAUGGACAUGGUUUGAAUUGCAAUGUUUUUUUAUUGUCUGUUGCACUUUUUACCAUUUUGUAGGACACAACUAGUGUUGUAUACUGACAGCCCUAAACAUUCUGGGGUUGGACUGUUUGAAGUAUGAAGGGAAAAAUUCUCAUUUUAGAAUAGAUAUUGUAGACAUUUUUCUGAAAUUGGCAUUUCAACCAAGCUCUUCUCUGUUGAGUUUUAGCACUAACAUACUUAGUCGUCAUAUUCAAUGUAAUUUACCGAAAACUGUGAAAAUGCUUUUUUUAUCAUGUGUCCAUAAAUAAACAUAAAUAAAAAAUAUCAUCACUCCA